UGGCCGCUGGAGAAGAUCCAGCGUCGCUUGGAUUCCUUCCUAAUGCCCAACUUGGAGAUCGCAACCAAGUUCAUUCUGACGCCCGACGUCCAUGAUGUCAUUCUGAUUCAGGGCGUCGCAAUCGACAGCGAGACGCAGGAGUACCUGGUUGGUCCCAUGUACGUGCCUCGCAGCACUCGCAGGCUCAGCUUCCCGGGCAUCUUUCACGACCGGGUGAGGCCUGUGGUGAUUGUGAUGGCAGACAAGCGCUACCGUUUGCCCCCGGAGAUCGACUGGCUCCAGCGCAAUGAAGGCGCCGAGAACAACUACGAGGAAUACAUGAAGCAUGAAUUUGGAGAAGAGCAGAUGUACAUCCAGGAAGACUUCUGACCUGGUGCUUGGUCGCUAUUGUGCCUUCGCGGCUUCGGGCAGAGUGCGUGUAAAUAUUGUAUCGAGAAAAUUAAGCGUGGUUUUUUGCGAAAUGAAACUUUUACGGUUAGUCCCGUAGUGCAGUUUUUCCAAAGCAAGCGCAAACGUCUACGACGUCUGUUUUGAAACUUACCUUUUGUUUUGCGCAUUUUUCUAACGGCCUUUGCGCUUUCUAUCUGGUGUGUCAUGGUAUUUAUGAAAUAGCAAGGAAGCGGGAAACUAUGUUUUAAAACGCGCUAGUAUUGUCAAUUCAUGAACAAAGCAGUAUAAACGGUUA